AUGCUCUGGGCGCUCUGGCCCAGGUGGCUGACAAGCAAGGGGCUGCCCCUCCUGGGUGCGGUGCCUCUACAGAAGCGAGAGAAGAGGGGACCUCAGUGGAAGCAGUGGCUGCGAGAGACCCACCCCUUCUAUGACCUCCAGGUGAAGGUGCUGAGGGCCAAAAAUAUCCAGGGCACAGACCUGCUGUCCAAAGCUGACUGCUAUGUGCAACUGUGGCUGCCCUCAGCAUCCCCCAGCCCCGCCCGGACCAGGGUGGUGGCCAACUGCAGUGACCCCGAGUGGAACGAGACCUUCCACUACCGGAUCCAUGGUGCCGUGAAGAAUGUCCUGGAGCUCACCCUCUAUGACAAGGACAUCCUGGACAAUGACCAGCUCGCUUUGCUGCUUUUUGAUCUGAGGAGCCUCAAGCCAGGCCAACCACACAGACACACCUUCCCCAUCAGCCAGCAGGAGUCACACGAGCUGCAGGUGGAAUUUGUUUUGGAGAAGAGCCAGGUGCCCGCACCUGAAGUCAUCACUAAUGGGGUCCUGGUGGCUCAGCCAUGUUUGAGAAUCCAGGGCACCCUCAGGGGCGAUGGGACAGCCCCACAUCUAGAGCACGGUCCUAGGCAGAUUCAGCUGGCAGUGCCCGGAGCCUACGAGAAGCCCCAGCUCUUGCCCUUGCAGCCUCCCACGGAGACGGGCGUCCCAGCCAUGUUCACCUUCCACGUGAAUCCAGUACUCAGCUCCAGGCUGGAGGUGGGCCUAGGAAAGAAGCUCAUGGUCCAGGGUGACCCGAGGGUCAAGGAGGAGACCCAGACCAGCAAGCCUGGCAUCCUGCUCUCAUCUCUGGCCCUAGGCCAGGAGGAGCAGUGUGUCGUGGCCCUGGGGGAGGGCCAGGAGGUGGCCAUGAGUGUGAAAGCAGAGAUGAGCUCUGGGGACCUUGACCUGCGUCUUGGCUUCGACCUCUGUGAUGGGGAGAAGAAGUUUCUGGAGAAGAGGAAGCGGCUCGUGUCCAAGGCCCUUCAGCAGGCUUUGGGGUUGAGCCACGCUCCCGAUAGUAGCCAGGUGCCUGUGGUGGCCGUGCUGGGUUCAGGAGGUGGGACCCGAGCCAUGUCGUCUUUGUAUGGCAGCCUGGCUGGGCUACAGGAGCUCGGCCUCUUGGACACUGUGACCUACCUGAGCGGGGUCUCCGGGUCCACCUGGUGCAUCUCCACACUCUACAAGGACCCAGCCUGGUCCCAGGUGGCCUUGCAGGGCGCUAUUGAGCGUGCCCAGGCUCGGGUGUGCAGCAGUAAGAUGGGGGCAAUGUCCACGGAGCGCCUGCAUUACUACGCCCAGGAACUGGGAAUCCGGGAAAGCAGUGGCCACAGCACUUCCCUCAUUGACCUCUGGGGCCUUCUUAUUGAAUAUUUCUUGUACCAGGAGGAAAAUCCUGCCAAGCUGUCUGACCAGAAGGAGGCAGUCAGCCAGGGCCAGAACCCUUACCCUAUCUACGCCAGCGUCAACGUCCGCAGCAACGUCAGUGGGGAGGACUUUGCAGAGUGGUGCGAGUUCACCCCCCAUGAGGUCGGCUUCCCCAAGUAUGGCGCAUAUGUUCCCACCGAGCUCUUUGGCUCAGACUUCUUCAUGGGGCGCCUGCUGCAGCUCCGGCCCGAGUCCCGGAUCUGCUACCUGCAGGGUAUGUGGGGCAGCGCCUUUGCAGCCAGCCUGGAUGAGAUCUUCCUGAAGACCUCUGGCCGGGGCCUCAGCUUCCUAGACUGGCGCAAAGACAGUGUGAACAUCACAGAUGACUGCCAAGACCUCCAGCUUCACAAACCAGGGCGGCUGAGAACCAGGCUCUUCACCCCUCAGGGACCCUUCUAUCAGGCUUUGCUGGACAUAUGCACUUCCCGGUUGACCUCAGCCGAGAACUCCAACUUCACCCGGGGCCUCUACCUGCACGAGGACUAUGCGUCUGGCAGAGAGUUUGUGGCCUGGAAAGAUUUGCAUCCAGACGCCUUCCCCAACCAGCUCACUCCCAUGAGGGACUGUCUAUACUUGGUGGACGGAGGCUUUGCCAUCAACUCCCCAUUCCCGCUGAGCCUGCAGCCACAAAGAGCUGUGGACCUCAUUCUGUCCUUCGACUAUUCCCUGGAUGCCCCUUUUGAGGUCUUACAGAUGACAGAGAAGUACUGCCUGGACCGAGGCAUCUCCUUCCCUAGGAUUGAGGUGUCCCCAGAGGACAUAAAGGAACCCCACGAGUGCUACCUGUUUGCCAAGGCUGAGGACCCAAGCUCACCCAUCAUACUGCACUUCCCCCUGGUCAACCGUACUUUCCGCACACACCUGGCCCCAGGUGUGGAGCAAAAAACGGCUGAGGAGAAGGCUGGUGGGGACUUUGUCAUCAACGGGCCAGACACUCCCUAUGGCAUGAUGAACUUCACCUAUGAGCCCCAAGAGUUUGAGCAGCUGGUGGCCCUGAGUCGAUACAAUGUCCUGAACAAUGUGGAGACUGUGCGGAAGGCCCUCCAGCUGGCUCUAGACCGGCGACAGACUGGGGGCAGGACUGGAGGCUGA